AUGACCCAAACUCGAACCUGGAACGCUUCCCUACCCUGCCUGCUCGUAGCUAUAGCACUCAGCGGCUUCAUCCUUCAAAGCGUCAAAGCGGGGGUACUUCCACGUAUGACAUCCUUUAAGUUGCAACAUACACGCUCUACUUUGGCAAGAAUCGUCGAAACCUUCGAUGGGCUUACAGGGCGAAAAGCUCGUCAGUUGGCCAUGAUUCUUUCGAAUCAAACGAGCGUCGUUGCCAACGCAUCGAAGAGCGAAACUAUUCUAUCGAACCUUGCUGAAGCAUAUCCUUCCAACAACAUCACGAGCGGGCAAAAAUCUCAGCAAUCAACAAAUGCUAAGCAAAUCGCAGCAAUACCCACUCAAAUCCCCACAAACACUACCACCGCCGCUACUCCGCGCAAAUACAUCAUCUCCUCCGGCCGCUCAAACAUCACCCUCCUCUUCGACACUCCCGAAUAUGGUCCUUCGCAAGUACGUCGCGAUCUUCACCUGAUCCGAAAAUGGGCUUACGACCUGUCACAGCUCUCCACCCUUGCGCUUCUAGAAGAAACAGUAGCAGCGAUUAUGUCUGCUUCUGCACGAUACUUCCCCGAGCUCUCUACUCGGGAUGCAGCACGAGUGAUCAUGGCAGACAUAAAAGCGGAGUCGGAUUUCGACCACGAUGCGGUCUCCGGUGGCCGUCUCGAUUCGGGAUCGAGUUGGGGGUUGAUGCAAGUGUCUCCCUUUGGUUCGGGAGAGUUGAAGUUGUUUCAACAACAUGCUACCGUCACCAAAAACACUUAUUCUUGGAGCACAGAGUACAACCUCACUACCGCCCCAACCUCGUUCAGGGCUGGACCACUGCUGGAUUGGGAUACAGGCAAAACUCUCGAUCUUAAGAAUCUGACAAAUGAAGAUCUAUUCAGACCCUGGGUAAAUAUUCACGUCGCAACAUGGAUACAGUGCAAUCUAGCCCGAACGUCGAGUCAAGACCCUUAUACUUGGCCUCAGGUCUAUGCGAAAUACAAUGCAGCUCGCAACACCAAAACCGGCUGGGCUGCGGUAGAACAAGCCCUAGUGGGGGCAAAGUUGCCUCGAACCUUUCAAACGGGUCUGGGAAGCUGGGUUGCAGGUCCAGCAGUCGACGGAUAUGGCAGCUAUACUCAGAAGGGAGACGAUGUUAGUUCGCCUUACUUGAAAAAUAUCGCUGCUGGGUUAAGCGUGUUGUAUGAGACUGACAUACCACCUAGCUGGCUGAAUACACUCACUCUUCACGGGGGACUUGUUGACUUUCACUAA